CUCUGCUCACCAACUGCAGCAGCUCCGAAGCUCUCCGGUAGCUCAGCUCCGCGACACUCAUCACCUCAACAGGACUCAGAGACAACAGGUCCUUACAACUUUCUAUUUGAUGCCGCUUGAGUUGCUCACACACGUCGUCUGAGACGCCGGCUCGAUUCAGCUUUCUAGUCGCCAUGUUGGCGUCUUCUCACCGUGUCUCCAUCAACUGCUUUAACACGAUAACGACAUGAAAAAACCCGCUUGCCCCGGUCGUGUUCUUCUCGGUUCUUCUUCUUCGCCAUCUUUGACAACAACAGCCGUCGCACGCAGAUGACGUAACAAGGAAAGAACGUUCGCAGCAGCUAACACGUGAGGAUAUCAACAGCGACGAGCAGCUCCUGAAAUACGGUUUGUUUUUAGGUAACAUGGGGAAGAAUAAACCAAAGGGGAAGAAACAGAAGAACGUCUUUCGAGUGGAAACCAAGCACUUGAAGCACAAGAACAGAGCGAAACCUGUGAAGACGACGCUCAAACACAUCAAUGCAGUGAAGAAUGAGAAAGUGGAGAAACUCAAUCAAGUCUUUACAGAAGUCCAGAGGGAUGUUAAGAGCAUUUCCAAGUCUGUUGAUCCCGAACCAAAGAAACAGACAAAGGUUGUCAGAGAGCCACCAAAGGAAUCUGUAAACGUUGACGGUGCUGCUCAACUCUUCUCUCAGCUAUAAUGGACCAUGAAACGGUCAUGAAGUCUGAGGACAAACACGCUGACCAGCUGUUUGUGCGUCUCUCUGUGUUGGACAUAUGAAAAAACAAAGUCAGCUUACGUCCAAUAUGUCAGAAUGAGGACUGCAGAUGAGCUGAGAAUGAAUAGAGGUUACGGUCAUUGCAUGUUAGGAAAACCUUGUGUGUGUAAUUUAAACAUUCUGUAUAUUCAGUGCAAAGAAAUGUAAUCAAUUAACAGACUUGUGCUCGGUGUUAAUUGUGAUGUUUCAGCAACAAAGGAGAUUUCUUAUUGUUAUUAAUUGAUAUUAUUUUGUGUAGACAUGUUUGCUUUCUCUGGGCUGCAGCUAAUGAUUAUUUUCCUGAUAGAUUAAUCUGCUGAUUAUGUCUUUGAUUAAUUAAUGAUGUGAGAAAUGCCCACUAUAACCAAAAACCCACAGUCCAAAACAAACCGUUCACUAUCAUAUAUAAUAAAAACAUCCGCAAAACUCCACAUUUGAGAGAAUGGAAUCAGAUAUUUGGCUUUUUUUGUUUGGACGGUGCCUGAACUUAUUAACCAAUUAACAAAAUAGUUGCUCAUUAAUUUCCUGUUGAUUGACUAAUUGUUUUAUCUGUACUUUAUUUUCUUAAGUCUUGAUAUGGGUGCCUUUUGUUUCAUCCUCUUGAAUGUGGAAUGCAAUUAAAUGCGAACAUUUUCAAAAUGUGCACUUCAUCAUAUUAUCUUUUUUCAUUUGUUUUCUUUUUUGGCAAAGCAGUUCAAGGCUUCACACCUUUUAUUCUCAUGCUUUUCAUGCUCCUGAUUUACAGUAAAUGAAGCCACAGAGGAGAUCAUUGUGACUGCUGUUUGUAGUGAUGAAAGUGUUUGCUUCAGAGCGGGUUGUCCUCGUGGAAAUCAUUCAAACUUUAUGCAGAAGUUUACAAAACCAGAAUUUAAAUGAGAAUUCCACCAACAUAAUUAAAAAGUAAAAUGUU